GGCGGCGGCGUUCCCCUCGGAGGCCGCAGCCCGCGGGCCGCCGCGAUGGCCCUCAAGAUGGUCAAGGGCAGCAUCGAUCGCAUGUUCGACAAGAACCUGCAGGACCUGGUCCGCGGCAUCCGCAACCACAAGGAGGACGAGGCCAAGUACAUCUCUCAGUGCAUCGACGAGAUCAAGCAGGAGCUGAAGCAGGACAACAUCGCUGUGAAGGCCAAUGCUGUAUGCAAGCUCACCUACUUACAGAUGCUCGGGUACGACAUCAGCUGGGCUGCCUUCAACAUCAUCGAAGUUAUGAGUGCCUCCAAGUUCACAUUCAAGCGUGUUGGCUACCUUGCCGCCUCCCAGUGCUUCCAUGAAGGCACUGAUGUCAUUAUGCUGACCACCAACCAGAUCCGAAAGGACCUGAGCAGCCCCAGCCAGUACGACACUGGAGUGGCACUGACUGGUCUGUCCUGUUUUGUCACCCCAGAUCUUGCCAGAGACCUGGCAAAUGACAUCAUGACCCUGAUGUCUCACACGAAGCCAUACAUCAGGAAGAAGGCGGUGCUGAUCAUGUACAAGGUGUUCCUCAAGUACCCCGAGUCCCUGCGUCCUGCCUUCCCCCGGCUCAAGGAGAAGCUGGAGGACCCAGACCCAGGGGUGCAGUCUGCAGCUGUGAAUGUCAUCUGCGAGCUAGCACGUCGCAACCCUAAGAACUACCUGUCCCUGGCCCCGCUGUUUUUCAAGCUCAUGACAUCCUCCACCAACAACUGGGUCCUCAUCAAAAUCAUCAAGCUGUUCGGCGCCCUGACUCCUCUGGAGCCCAGGCUGGGCAAGAAGCUCAUUGAGCCGCUCACCAACCUCAUUCACAGCACCUCUGCCAUGUCCCUGCUGUACGAGUGUGUGAAUACCGUGAUUGCAGUGCUCAUCUCGCUGUCUUCCGGCAUGCCCAACCACAGCGCCAGCAUCCAGCUCUGCGUUCAGAAGUUGAGGAUACUGAUAGAAGACUCAGACCAGAACUUAAAGUACCUGGGGCUGCUGGCCAUGUCUAAAAUCCUGAAGACGCACCCCAAGUCCGUGCAGUCCCACAAGGACCUGAUCCUGCAGUGCCUGGAUGACAAGGACGAGUCCAUCCGCCUGCGCGCACUCGACCUGCUCUAUGGAAUGGUGUCCAAGAAGAACCUGAUGGAGAUCGUGAAGAAGCUAAUGACCCACGUGGACAAGGCCGAGGGUACCACCUAUCGGGAUGAGCUGCUCACCAAGAUCAUUGACAUCUGCAGCCAGUCCAACUACCAGCACAUCACCAACUUUGAGUGGUACAUCAGCAUCCUCGUGGAGCUGACGCGGCUAGAGGGCACCCGCCACGGCCAUCUCAUCGCCGCACAGAUGCUAGAUGUGGCCAUCCGAGUCAAGGCCAUUCGCAAGUUCGCUGUGUCUCAGAUGUCUGCACUGCUUGACAGCGCCCACCUUGUGACCAGUAGCACCCAGCGCAAUGGCAUCUGUGAGGUGCUCUACGCGGCUGCCUGGAUCUGCGGGGAGUUCUCGGAGCACCUACAGGCGCCCCAGCAAACCCUGGAGGCCAUGCUGCGGCCCAAGGUCACCACACUGCCCGGCCACAUCCAGGCUGUGUAUGUGCAGAACGUGGUCAAGCUGUACGCGUCCAUCCUGCAGCAGAAAGAGCAGGCCGCCGACACCGAGGCUGCGCAGGAGGUCACCCAGCUGCUGGUGGAGCGGCUGCCACAGUUUGUGCAGAGCGCCGACCUGGAGGUGCAGGAGCGGGCGUCCUGCAUCCUGCAGCUGGUCAAGCACGUGCAGAAGCUACAGGCAAAAGGUGUGCCGGUGGCCGAGGAAGUGAGCGCCUUGUUCGCUGGUGAACUGAACCCCGUGGCCCCCAAGGCCCAGAAGAAGGUCCCAGUUCCUGAAGGCCUAGACCUGGAUGCCUGGAUCAAUGAGCCACCUUCGGACAGUGAGUCUGAGGAUGAGAAACCCAAGGCCAUCUUCCAUGAAGAGGAGCCCAGGCACGCACGGCGCCGGCAGCCUGAGGAGGACGAGGAGGAGUUAGCCCGGCGGCGAGAGGCCCGGAAGCAGGAGCAAGCCAACAACCCUUUCUACAUCAAGAGCUCCCCGUCCCCACAGAAGCGAUACCAGGAUGCACCAGGUGUGGAGCACAUUCCUGUGGUGCAGAUCGACCUCUCAGUGCCUCUGAAAGUUCCAGGCAUGCCCAUGUCGGACCAGUACGUGAAGCUGGAGGAGCAGCGGCGGCACCGGCAGCGCCUGGAGAAGGACAAGAAAAGGAAGAAGAAGGAGAAGGGCAAGCGUCGCCACAGCUCCCUGCCCACAGAGAGCGACGAGGACAUCGCCCCUGCCCAGCGCGUGGACAUCGUCACCGAGGAGAUGCCCGAGAAUGCUCUGCCUAGUGAUGAGGAUGACAAAGACCCCAAUGACCCCUACAGGGCGCUGGACAUUGACCUGGAUAAGCCCUUGGCUGACAGCGAGAAGCUGCCUGUCCAGAAACACAGGAAUGCUGAGACUGUGAAGUCCCCCGAGAAGGAGGGCGUCCCCAGAGUAGAGAAGAAGAGCAAGAAGCCCAGAAAGAAGGAGAAGAAGCCCAAAGAGAGAGAGAGGGAGAAGAAGAAGGACAAGAAGGGUGAGGACUUAGACUUCUGGCUGUCCACCACCCCGCCACCUGCUGCUGUCCCUGCUCCUGCCCCACCCGCAGAAGAGCUUGCUGUGAGCACUGUCACCCCAGCUAAGGACGAGAGUGAGGAGCUCAAGAGAGAGGAGCCAGAGGACGAGGAUGUGGACGAUGAUCAGGAAAGGAAAUCUUCCCGGCACAAGAAGAAGAAGCACAAGAAGAAGGAGGAGCGGCCACGAGACAAAAAGAAAGCCAAGCGGAAGCAGGCGGCAGCACUGGAGAAUGGUGCGGCGGUGGUGGUGGUGGCGGCGGAGGAGGAGGAGGAGGAGGAGGAGGAGGAGGAGCCCAUCCCGCCCAUGUCCAGCUACUGCCUUCUGGCUGAGAACUCGUACAUUAAAGUGACUUACGACAUCCAAGCCAGCCUACAGAAGGACAGCCAAGUGACAGUGUCGGUCAUCCUGGAGAACCAGAGCAGCAGCUUCCUGAAGAACAUGGAGCUCAACGUGCUAGACUCGCUCAACACCAAGAUGGCCCGGCCGGAGGGCUCAUCGGUGCAUGACGGUGUGCCCGUGCCUUUCCAGCUGCCCCCUGGUGUCUCCAAUGAGGCCCAGUUUGUGUUCACCAUUCAGAGCAUCGUCAUGGCUCAGAAGCUCAAAGGCACGCUGUCCUUCAUUGCCAAGGACGAUGACGGGGCCACCCACGAGAAGUUGGACUUCCGGCUGCAUUUCAGCUGUAGUUCCUACCUGAUCACCACGCCCUGCUACAGCGAUGCCUUUGCCAAGUUGCUGGAGUCAGGAGACCUAAGCAUGAACUCUAUCAAAGUCGAUGGCAUUAGUAUGUCUUUCCAGAACCUCCUGGCAAAGAUCUGUUUCCACCACCAUUUUUCCGUUGUGGAGCGUGUAGACUCUUGUGCCUCCAUGUACAGCCGCUCCAUCCAGGGCCACCAUGUCUGCCUGCUGGUGAAGAAGGGUGAGAGCUCCGUGUCGGUCGAUGGGAAGUGCAGUGACGCCAUGCUGCUCAGCAGCCUGCUGGAGGAGAUGAAGACCACGCUGGCCCAGUGCUGAAGGACGGAGUGCAGGAUGCCCCGCAGACCACAGACAGACAUGACAGGCCUUGCCUCUCCUCUCCUCGUCCUGUGUACUGUGCCCACACCCAGCAUUAAUUUAACGCCCCGGCCUCCACUGUGUGACUCCGAGGCCCUGUGAGGCAUCGACUUUUUUGUUACCCUUUUUUGUUCUGCCCUUGCACUCCCUUGGCAAGGAAGGCCAUUCCAACCCUAGCCAGCACGGGGCUCCCAGCUCCGCUUCCCGUUCUUGGAGGUAGCUGUGGGGACUCCAGGCUGCUGGGCCUCCAGGUUUCCAGCAAACAGUGGGGCCAGUGUGGCCCCACUCUUCUGCCCCCAUGCCGCCUCUGGAGGAACUCUUCCAGCUGCUGCUGUCCCCAGAUAUCCUGACUGGUGGUGUCUGGAGAGGUGACCAGGCCAGCUGUUACCACACUUCUCCCCAGAGUCUGCGCGGCCAGGUGGAUGGAGUGUGCUUGUGGGUCAGCUUGGCUGCUGACAGUAGGGACAGCCCUUUGAUUUUCUUCUGUUCAACAGAGUUCUGGUGGGGUUCUGUUUGGGGGGUCAGUGGAGGGGCGCAGUCCAUGCCCCUCAGUUUGUCACUACACAUCCUGGGUUGUCCCUGCACUGUGCCACAGCUGUGGAGGGCUGAGUGCCUUGCAGUGGAGACCCUGCAUCCUGAGAGCAUUCAGUGCUCACCCAGCCAUUCCGGGGCAAGGUGAGCGGAGCCCAGCCGGACUCUCCCUUUAGCUGGGUAGCUGGCCACCAGCUGAGCCUUCCUCAGAGGCAAUGGUGGUCUACAGACAUCUGGCUGUCCUUGAGGACUGCUGUCACUUUAGCAUGUAGAGAACUCUGUUACCGACCCCACGUGACCUCCAGCUCUAUGAUGUUCCAUGAUUGAUUUGCUGUCGACAUUCCCAUGUGAAGAGAGAUAUAUCACGCUGCUGACGAUCGGUGUCACAAUGACCCAAUAAAGAGUCGCAAAACA